GUCGGCGGUGGAGAGUGCCAGAAAGUUCAGUUCUCAAGAAGAUCUGUGAGAGUUCUCCGACAUUGUGUGAAGAUGUGUUCCACGCUGAGCUUGUUGGUGCUUAUUAGCACAAUAGGACUUGUUGAACUGAUCUCAGUCAAGACUCCGAAGAAAUAUGUCAAUGUUACGAUGGGUGGAAGUGCCCUUCUUGAGUGCAUGUUCGAGACCACUGCAGAGACCACCGGCCUGAACAUCCAGUGGAACUUUGUUUCAUCGUCCUCCUUGAUGCCACAGCAGGUGUAUUACUAUCAGUCAGGAAAAGAUGUCAUCACAAAAUCUUAUCAAGACAGGAUCCAGCCUCCCUCUUCUCCAGCCACGACCAGAAACGCCUCAAUAUUGAUAAGGAACAUGCAGUCGUCAGACGCCGGAGUCUACACUUGUCAGGUUCACAACAUCCCUGAUGUGGACGGACAGUCUGAGGCCAACAUCAUUGUGAAUGUUCUCGAGAUGCCCUCUGUUCCUUAUUGCUCCGUCCAUGGUGAUGUGGAGUCGGGUCACCUGGUCACUCUGACCUGCCACAGUGAGCGUGGGAGCCCCAACCCGACAUACACCUGGAUCAGACUGGAUCAGACCAAGACAAGGAGGCCUAUACUGGGAAGAGUGACCAAAACUGGAAUACUGGAAAUCAGAAACAUAUCCCAGUUUGAGUUUGGGGAGUACCAGUGCAACGCUACGAAUGCGGUGGGAUUUUCAACUUGCACUAUAGAGCUGGAUCCUGAAGUGGGAGACGGAGUGAUUGCCGGCGCAGUGAUCGGAGCGUUGCUCGGGUGUGUCCUGAUCGCCCUGGUCGUGUGGUUCAUCACUCACCAAGUGAAGAAACACAAAUACAAAGCGCUCAAAGUGUCAGAGGCCAACGAGAUGAAGAGGAGCACUCGUCAGGCCCAGGAAGCCUCAGAUAGCGUUGCCGUGACAACCAAAGGCGGCAACCUCCAUGCUGAGGGAGAUGAGCCACAGGCCUAAAAAAAGGCCUGUUGAAAACAACUGGAGCGACGUCACUCUGCUGAACAACAGGAUGUUCAGUCUCCUAACACACGUCAUUCUCACAUGUAAUCAAUAUGACAUGUUUGAACCUGCGUUUUGUUAUUUUUUUUACUAAACAUUUGCUUGAAUGUAGACAAUUUUGGUAGUGCUUUUGUUUCUUUUAACAUUUCAUAUUAAUUGUAUGCCAUUCAAACCAUUUUGAUGAGCCCUGCAUUGGAAGUUACAUAAUUUUAGAACAAAUACUUGAAUUUAUUGUAUGAAAUAGGACAUUACAAAAUUCAGUAGAAUCUGCAUCAUGCAAAUAAUCAAUAUGAUUACCUUUUUUUAUAUAAUAGGACUUUAUUUUGUUUAAAAACACAAACAAUAGUCCUACAUUCAAAUGUAGUCUUUUAAAUGAUAAGAUAUCUUAAAGGAACAGUGUGUAACAUUAAGGGUGAUCUAUUGGCAGAAAUGUAAUAUAGUAUUAAUAAUGUUUUCUUUAGUGUAUAAUCACCUGAAAAUACGAAUCGUUGUGGUUUGUUACCUUAGA